AUGCUACUCUCCCACCUCCUCCCCCUCCUAGGCCUCCUUCUAUCCCAAACCUCAGCAGCAGCCCUUCAAUCCGAAUCCCACAAGAUAUCCACCCUACGCCGCUGCCAAACAACAGGCAAAAACUGCCCGGCAGGAACAAUAACCGUCUCCCAAACCUCUAAAGAAGCAACAACCUACAACACAAUCCAAUCAGCAAUAAACGCCCUACCAAACAACACAACGCCGCAAACGAUCCUAAUAAAAACAGGCACAUACAACGAACAACUAAAUAUUACUCGCGCCGGACCAAUAACCUUCCUAGGCGAAACAACCAACCCAAAAGACGCAACAGCCAACCGCGUCCGCAUCACCUGGGCCGCCGCUAAUAAAGACUCUACCGGUCAGAGCGUCGACAAUGUCUACUCGAGUGUGCUUGUCGUGGCGCCGACGCUCGAGUCGAGUUUGACGGGCUCCGGGACUACAGGGUAUCCUGUCCCUGAUGAUACGCCGUUUGGGAAUACGGAUUUUAGGGUUUAUAAUGUUGAUUUUGUGAAUGAGUGGUCGGAUUAUUCCGAUGGGCCGGCUCAUGCUUUGAGUUUGAGUCGUGCUAAUGGCGGGUUUUAUUAUUGUGGGUUUUUUUCGUAUCAGGAUACCGUCUACGUAGGCAAACUCGGCAACGCAUACUUCUACAAAAGCAUCAUAGCCGGCCAAACCGACUUCCUCUACGGCUUCGGCACAGCCUGGAUCCAAUCAAGCAGCAUCCAACUCCGCGGCUGCGGCGGCGGCAUAACAGCCUGGAAGGGCACAAACACAACAUUCACUAACAAAUACGGCGUCUACAUCGUGGACUCAGACGUCCGCGCGGCAAAUACAUCCAUCGCACCCGAUAUCAUUGGCGAAUGUGCACUCGGCCGGCCGUGGAAUAGUCAGCACCGGUCUAUCUUUGCGCGGUGUACUGAGGACGGGAGUAUCACCGCUAGUGGGUAUAUUGAUUGGGUUGUUUCUGGAGGGGUCACGCUUAUGGCUGAGUAUGCUGUUUCUGGGCCUGGGUUUAAUCGGACUGGGAGGGUUGAGGGGGGUGUUACUACUUUGCUUGAUAAGGAGGGCUGGAGGGGGUUUAGUGAGCCGGAGAGGGUGUUCCAGAGGCCCACUGGGGAGUUUGGGAAUGUUGGGUGGAUUGACUGGGGGGUUGUUGGCGAGAAGGUGUAG